AUGUCGUCUCACGAGUACAUUGAUCCAAUCCAGGCAGACCAGGCCCGUCUGGCAUGGGAUGGCUUCAUGACAUCUCGAUUUCAGUCCGGGCGCGGUGUACGCCUCAACGAACUAGAUCACGAACUCAAGCUCUUGGAAGAGUUCUCCGUGCGCGCCAAGGCGCAACGCAACGCGCACGUCGGACCCUGCAAACUCCCCAACGAGAUACUCUGCCACAUAUUUGGCUUGUUGUGCCAGACAUGGCCUCCGCACAAAACGCGGGACGCCGGGUCUACCUCAAAGUCCAAUCGGUACAAUGACGGAGAAGUCGCGUACGACCAUGCCUGGAUCAAGAUAACCCAUGUCUGCAGCCUUUGGAGAAGGGUGGCGCUGUCUACGCCUUCCCUCUGGUGCGAUGUUGACUGCGCGAACCUCGCCCCGGGUUUCAGGGAGACCGUACUCGAACGAUCGGUUGACCAACCGAUAUCUCUAAGGAUAGACUACAAUGACUGUCCUGGGCAUUUGAGUGCGGCAGGAUGGACACAGCUGUGGACGGAAAGGCGUACUUGCAAACGACUUCGGUCGCUGGAACUACUCAACAUCCAACCCGACGGGGGUGAAGAUCUUCACGGGAUCUUGCAUCACUUGCAGGCAAUGCCCUCUCUGGAAGAGAUAAACAUCACUAGACUUUCACCGUACGACAACGACAGUGAGCCCUUGCCCAUACGCGCACACCUCCCGGAGGCUUCAAGCAUCGCUCGCGUCUGUUUUGGCGACUGCCUACCUCCUCUCUCAUCACCUAUUUUCUCCCGUGCUCUCACGCACUUGACCCUCAAGAUAUCUGAUUUUCAGACACCUGAACUGGUGCCAACUCCAGACGAUAUGCUUAAUCUACUAGCAUCAUUGAACUCGCUGCAAGAGCUUCAACUAGCACAGCUACCGGUAUCGCCCCCGCAGGAGCCCCCGUCAGAACACAUGGAUCGCCAUACCCUCACAUUGCCAGCUUGUUUUGGGGUAUUGGCUUACAGGGUCAAUGACCAUAACGGCAGUCUUGCAUCGGCUAUCGAAUUCAUCCCACGUCUUAGGAUACCCCGUCAUUCGGCAAUCCAGAUAGAAAUGAUUCAGGAGAACGAGAACGAGGAUGAAGAAGAUGACGCGAGAUUCGUCCGCGUCGUCAGCGCUGUAGUCCAAAGCAUCGACAUGCAAGACUGCGCAUUCGCACUCCUUAUCGACAAGUGGGACUUGUCCAUCGGGUUCGGCGACGGCGAGUUAGAGCCGUUGGAAACUGGUUCCGAGUGGCCAUUCAUACUUAUCGAAAGGAUCGAAGGUCACGGUGGGAACGUCAUGGGUGUUCUUGAUGUGCUUCCACUGGCAAACCUCACCUUCCUCACAUUAGCGUCGUGGUGCCUCGACCACUUCUUUCCCCCCGGUCAGCCCUCACCAGCCGCCCUCCUCGCCGCUCGUGGCGUCCGCCACAUCGCAAUACAGGUCCCAAACAAACUCGAAACUUCCUUCUUCGAAGCGCUCUGUCAAACUAGUGCGGAUCAAUCCGCGGCGACCAUGCUACUCUUUCCGGCACUUGAGACCAUCACCGUCCACUGGCGCAAAGCCAUGGACAAAUACCUUACCACUACCAACGGCAAGCCGGACAUACUGCAAACACUGUUCUCGGGUAUCGACGUCGCGUUGGCCACGCGUGAACUUCAUGGGACACCCAUACGCGAAGUCCGCGUUGACCGGCGGUUCAAAACCUACUACAGCUGGAAGGUGAAAGCACCGAUAUCGCUGUUUGAUCAGGACCCGGAGGCGUUGGUAUCACGAGGAUCUGCGAAUGAUGACGGGGUUCUCAUACCGAAUAGCCUCAUGAUAUAA